AUGACUAUAGCGGAUUUAUCCCAGGCUGCUAUCACGAUUUACGGGCUACACGUCAAGACCAGGACGAUCCGAACCAGUAUGGAGUUAAUGGCUAAAGCUAGUCGGCGGAAUGGCAAUCUUCUGGUCUCCACCGCCGUGGUGUGUAGAGAUCAUGUGAAGUACGACAAGCAGUUCUGCCCGAGUAUUCGGAUACGCUCUAGCAUUCCGCACCAACUAUCACCAGAAGAUGAAGAAAUUUUGGAUAAACUGGAGAUCUCUGUAAAAGAAGCACGCGCUAACAUCCAGCGUCAAAGUAAAGGUCAAGACGAAGCUACUUACGCGCGAAAAAUCCAUCCCAUUGCUUCGGUUGUGGUCAAUCCGUUGCAUUUAACAAGAAAGAAGAGUUCUCUGUGGGAAGCGCUGGAGGCUCUCUUCACCAUGGAGUGCGUCGUCGUCACUGCCUAUCUGGAAGCUGUGGUUCCGGUGCUUUACAGUGGCUACAUGCUGCUGAUGGUGCACUUCCCCAGUGCGCCAUACCACGCAGAAUUGACGGGCAUCACGCGUGAGAGUGUGGGGGCUACAGUACUUUCGGUUUUCGUGUUUGGACUGCUACAGGUUUCAUCGUUUGCGGUGCUCGCAGUGGUGAUUAAACGCAACUGCGGGAUGCGAAUGAUCGAUCAUCUCGCGUUCGUUUUGGAGACGCAGAUGUUCCUGAUCCAGUGCAAAUUGAUGGUGUGGAGCAUGCUCACGCUGUGCUUUCGAGUGACGCAUUUCGGUAAGAUACUUGUUUGA